AUAAUACUCGGCUAUACAUUUCUGAUCUUAUAUAAUUUCAUUGUUUUUGUACCCUUCAGACAUAUGUGUUAUUUAUUGUUAUUUACUUGCUAAUAAAUAUUAUUUUUUUUCCAUAAUUUAAAAGCAUAAAUCUUGCAUUUGUCUAUAGUUAACUCGAACGCUGGUAGACUAAGAUAGUCAUUGUGGCUUCACGUUAUCUCUACGACGCAUAUAACAUUAUCAGAUAAGUUUUCAGUGUCGCGUAGAUAGCUGAACACAAUUGUGCGAUUUUACUCUUUUUUUUUUCACACAAAAUAUAAUAAAAUGAAAUCAAUCAUUUUAAUACUGGUACUCGUCGCUGCGGCGAUUAGUGAAGAUAUUAGAGCAACUGUGAAGUUUUAUCCUAAUGACGCAACCAGUAACGUCGCUGGAAAUCUUAUAUUGGUUCAAGAAGAUUCCUCUGGAGAAGUAAGAAUCACUGGAAAUAUUACCGGUGUCACUCCGGGUCCACAUGGCUUCCAUGUUCACCAAAAAGGAGAUCUUUCUAAUGGAUGUACCAGCGCUGGUGAACACUUUAAUCCUACAAACAAAAACCAUGGAGGAUUAACGGAUGCCAAAAGACAUGUCGGAGAUCUUGGAAACGUCGUAGCAGAUGGAAAUGGCAAAGUUAUUGUUAACAUUGUCGACACAGUAAUUUCUCUUAGUGGAUCCAACAGCAUUAUUGGCCGAUCUUUGGUUAUUCAUUCAGGGAAAGACGAUCUCGGUAAAGGUGGAAAUGAAACAUCACUCACUACUGGAAAUUCUGGAACGCGUGUAGGCUGUGGAGUUAUCGGGAUUGCGUAAGCAAACAUCACCCAUAAAAUUUCCCCAGUAGGAAGUCUUCCAUCAACCGGGUCAUCUAUUUUUAUUAAUCAUACCAGUGCAAUAGUAUCUAUUAUUUUUUCACUUUUUUUUAAAUUCCAUGUUUAAUUGCUGUAAUGGUAAAUUAUCAUAAAUUAAU